AAAAAUAACUUCUCCACCACACAAGGCUGUCUCUUACAUCAUGCAAACCUCAUAACAAGACUCAAUUCUCCAUAAAUCCAACACCAACAAUGAAUUUCCACUCUCUAGUCCAACCCGAUUCCUGGGUCGCAUUUCGACUGCCCUCCGAUACGCUGAAAGUCGUUCAGAUAGCCCCAAAUACGUGAGUGCUAAUCACAGAAGUGAGCAUCCUCACAUACAAACCAGCUCCAGAGCUAACCAAGCUGCAGAGUAAUAUCGCUAGGAAAAUAUGGAUCGUUUUCGAGUAAUGACCUCCUUGGAAGACCCUACAACCUAACCUAUGAACUCCUUGACGCAAAGGCCGGCCAGAAAGCAGCGGGGUUACGUGUAGUCCCAGCCGCAGAACUGCACGCCGACACGAUUCGCGAAGAAGAGGAAGCUGCAAAUCCAAAGAGUUCGGAUGAUAAAGUUGUGCUUGGAGGUGAUGGAGUAGAGUACGAGUUAGUAGGAGAGAAUGGAGAGGUUAUCAUGCGAUCGAAUCGCGAGACUAUCGAUGAUGCGGCGAGUCAAACGCUGACCAUGGCUGAGAUUGAGAUCUUGAAACGGGAGGGAACUGGGGCAGGACAUGACUUAAUUGCGAAGUUGAUGCUUAGUCAUACUGCUAUUGAUCAGAAAACUGCUUUCUCGCUGGCGAAGUAUAAGUUGUUGAAGACGAAGAAGUAUUUACGGAGAUUCACGGUAUUGCCGCUCGAUGUCGAGCUGCUGACGAACUGGUAUAUGAAUGAGAGGGAUGCUGGAAAAAUCAUGGAAAUGAGAUCGGAGAUGUUGGCUCUGACGGGGAGUUGGGCAAAUGUGCAUUUCUCCGAGUCAUUACCAGACAUUGAAGGCGGAAAAUGGCUGAUAGUCGAUGAAACAGGAGGAUUACUGGUAGCAGCAAUGGCAGAAAGAAUGGGGAUAUUAUAUCCUUUGGAAGGAGAGAUGGAGCCUUCGACAGAGAAGGCCCAUCGCAGAGACGAACCGGCACUCGCAACUUCAAAUACCCUAACAAUGAUCCACAACAACGCCCAACCCAACCUUAGUCUACUAAAAUACUUUCAAUACGACCCAACAAUAGCCAAUCCGCCAUGUCCUAACCACCCUCUAGGGACGCAUCUCCAUCCCCUCUCCUGGCUCCAACUCAUCUCCCCCGAAAAAGACACCACCUACAGCACGCCCGUAGAACCCCUCUCAGAAGAAGUCCUCGGUUCGCUAAAGCCCGGAAAAAGAGGAACCUACUACCGCAAACUCCGGCGCUGGAAAAGAACAACAAACAUCGUCGACACGACACUCUCAGGAGGUUUCUCCGGUUUGGUCGUAGCCUCCCAAAUGGACCCAACCUCCAUCGUACGGCAUACAAUCCCCCUCUUACGCGGCGGAGCCAACGUCUCAAUCUACAGCCCCACCAUCGAACCCCUCGUGCAACUCUGCGACCACUACUCCACAGCCCGACGAACAGCAUUCAUCACAGCACCGCCUGAAUCCUUUGCUUCCCUAUCCACGGACGAAGAAAGAGAUAAUUGGAAAGGGGAUGAGGAUUUCCCGCUCAAUCCUACGUUGUUGCUUAAUGCUACGGUGCAGAGUGCUAGGGUGAGGAGUUGGCAGGUUUUACCUGGGAGGACGCAUCCGCUUAUGACGGCCAAGGGGGGUGCGGAAGGGUAUCUUUUUACGGCCGUUAGGGUUGUGCCUGCGAGGGGACGGGUGGAGGCUCGAGGGAAGUUUGGGAAGAAGAGGAAGGUCGAUGAGGUUGUCACGCCUGGCGGGGAGGGGGGGAAGAGUGAGCCGACGGAGAAGAAGAUUCAUCUUAGUGUUGAGGAAGAAAUCAAACUUACUUUGAUGGGAGAAAAUACGCAGGCUGUGGAAGCUGUUGGUAAUAGUAGUGCGGAUGUGGAAAUGAGUUUAUCGUAGUUAGUAAUCAGUUGAGAGAAUCUGG